UUUAAGUUAAUUCCCCUUUUAUAAGGUAAGAAGAUAGAGCUAGAGAUCUAUUUCUCCAUACUAUAGAUACAAGUUCGUGUAUAAAGUUCAAAACUUUCUCUCAUCACCAAAGAAAAAAUCACCAAGGUACAAAAAGAGAAUUAACCAUAAAAAUUUCAUAGUUAAGAAGUACAAUCUUUAAUAAGAUAUAAGGGCACCUAGAACGAAUAUAGCAUCAUGGGUGUUCCAGCAUUGUUUAGAUGGUUGUCUCGUAAAUACCCCAAAUGUAUUUCACCCGUUGAAGAAGAAGACGUUGAUGAAGAGAUUGGUGGAGCAAAGUAUAGUGACAAGAACCCCAAUGGAGAAAUUGAUAAUUUAUAUUUAGAUAUGAAUGGGAUUGUUCAUAAUUGUACUCAUCCUGAACAUAAACCUGCUCCAACCACAGAAGAUGAAAUGUUUUUGGAUAUUUUCACGUAUACUGAUAGAGUUUUAAUGAUGGCUAGACCCAGAAAAGUAUUGAUGAUUUCAAUUGAUGGAGUUGCUCCAAGAGCUAAAAUGAAUCAACAAAGAGCCAGAAGAUUUAGAGCUGUUCAAGAUGCUAAGAUACAGAAUGAAGAGAAAGAACGUGAUAUAAAAGAACGUGAAAUGAGAGGAGAGGUGAUAGAUACUUCUAUAAAGGAAAAGAAAUCUUGGGAUACUAAUGUUAUCACUCCCGGUACUCCAUUUAUGGAUGGAUUAACUGAAGCAUUAAGAUAUUGGACCGCAUAUAAAUUUGCAACUGAACCAGGUUGGGCAGACUUACAAGUUAUCAUUAGUGAUGCCAGUGUACCAGGUGAAGGUGAACAUAAAUUAAUGAAUUUCAUAAGGCUGCAAAGACAAGAUCCUCAAUAUAAUCCAAAUACUAGACAUUGUAUAUAUGGUUUAGAUGCCGAUUUGAUUUUCUUAGGUUUAGCUACUCAUGAACCUCAUUUCAGAAUUUUAAGAGAAGAUGUGUUUGCAAAUCAAGAUAAAAGAAUGACUGUAUCAGAUCAACUUUCAAUUACUUCUGAACAAGAAGCAGCCAUUGCUGAAAGAGAUAAAAAGAAACCAUUCUUAUGGUUACAUAUCAACGUAUUAAGAGAAUACUUGGCUCUUGAAUUAUAUAAUCCCCAACUACUGUUUCCUUAUGAUCUUGAAAGAGCCAUUGAUGAUUGGAUCUUUAUGUGUUUCUUUGUGGGUAAUGAUUUCUUACCUCAUAUGCCAAGUUUGGAUGUUAGAGAUAAUGGGAUUGAACUUCUUGUCAAUUGUUGGAAACGAUUAUUACCUCAUUUGAAAGAUUAUUUAACCUGUGAUGGUAAUCUUAAUAUGGAUUCAGUUGAAAAAGUUAUGGCUUCAGUAGCAUCUCAAGAAGAUGAUAUUUUCAGAAAGAGAAGAGAUAAUGAAUUAAGAAGAGAAGAAAGUCAAAAGAGAAGAAAACUUUUACAAGAUGAAGAGAAAAAAUUAAAGAGUGUAUAUGGUAAACAAGUUUCAAAAGGGAGUGAUAGAGCUCCAUUAAUGGCUGAUAUGAAUAUGCCAUUAAUGACCACAAGUGGUGAAUUGGUGGAGGGUUAUGCACAACUUUCAAAUAAAGAUAUUGUCCAUAAUAGAGAUAUAAUAACGAAAGCAAAUAUGUCUAAUGCUGAUGCAGCAUCUGCGUUAAAGAAAUUAUUGGAUUCUAAAAAAUCUAAUAAUGGUGGUAUAAGUGCAGUUGAAGCUUUAAAACAAGUUCAAGAUGAAGAAACUUCACAAGAUAAUUCCACUACUGAAGUAGAAGAUGAAGAAUCUACUCCUACGGCUACAAGUGCUGCUAGUAAGAAGAGAUCAUUUGAUGAUGAUGUUGAAGCUCAAAUCAAUGGUGAUGUCCAAUUAUGGGAACCAGGAUAUAGAAAGAGAUAUUAUGAAACUAAAUUCCAUGCUAAAACUGAAGAAGAAAUCGAAAGUACUAGACGUGAUGUUGUACGUUGUUAUCUUGAAGGUAUUUCAUGGGUUUUACUUUAUUAUUAUCAAGGAUGUCCUGCAUGGCAAUGGUAUUAUCCAUAUCAUUAUGCUCCAUUUGCGGCUGAUAUUGCCAAUGUUCAUGAAAUAGUUGGAGAAGAAGGGAUUAAAUUCAAACAAGGAAAUCCAUCAAGACCAUUUGAACAAUUGAUGUCGGUUUUACCAGCUGCUUCUGGUCAUGCUUUACCUGAACAAUUCCGAGAUUUAAUGAGUAAUCCAAAUAGUGAAAUUAUUGAUUUUUAUCCUGAAGAUUUUAAGAUUGAUAUGAAUGGGAAAAAAAUGAGUUGGCAAGGUAUUCCAUUAUUACCGUUCAUUGAUGAAGAUCGAUUAUUAAAAGCUGUUCAUGGAGUUUAUCCUUUGUUAAGCGAGUAUGAAAUGGAUAGAAAUACAAAUAAACAAGAUGUAUUAUUCAUUUCAACUAAGAAUAAGAAUUUUAAAAAGUUUUCUCAAACUUUAUAUAUCAAUGAUAAUGAACAACUUCAAUUCCAUUGUGCCAAGACGAAUUUAUCCGGUACAGCUAUCAAACAUGAAAAGUAUAGUGUGGAUGGUAAAUUAGUAUUUCCUUUGAAACAAGGUAACAUGCCUGAUGUUUCUAAUGGUGAUUAUCUUUUGGUAACAUAUAAGAAGCCGGCCAAGAAACUUGGUAAGUCAAUGCUAUUGAAUGGGUUUAUACCUGGUGUAGUGGCACUUAAUGAGGAAGAUAAGAAUAAUAUUUUAUUUGGAUAUCAAAGAAAUGGUGGUGGUGGUGGUAGAUAUAAUACUCCUCAAGAUAAUAGGGGUUAUAUCAAUCAUGGUCCAUCAGGAAAAGAGAUUUAUCUUGCUUAUAACAUGAGAAGAGGAGGAUAUAGAUCUUAUACUGAACAUAUGUUGAAUAAGACAAGUUAUUAUGAGCAGAAUGCCACUGCUCAAAGAUCUCAAAAUAGUAAUUACAGAACAGGAUAUAAUAAUAAUUAUAAUAAUAAUAACAACAAUUACAAUAAUGGGGGUUAUAAUGGUAAUAAUAAUGGUUAUAACAAUUACAAUAAUGGUGGUAAUAAUAAUUACAACAAUAAUAACAAUUAUAAUAAUAAUUACAACAAUAAUAAUAAUAAUAAUAACAACAAUUACAGUAACAAUAGAUAUCCAAGUCAAAACAGGCAAUAUAAUAAUGCUGGUAAUGGUGGUUACUCAUCAUAUUCUAACACUGAAUCAAGUAGAUCAGGAUAUUUACCUCCUCCGCCAGGAAGAGGGAAUAAUAAUAAUGGAAGAAAUGGUUAUAGAAGAUAACUCUAAAGCAAU